AUGUUGUGUCCUUUUGGGUGGCAUUAUUAUAGCAAUAAAUGUUAUUUCUUAAGGUACGAUUAGAUUGUUUUUGAGAUUAAUUUAAAUAUUAUGUUAUAGUAACUAUUCUUUAACUUACAAGAGUGCCGAAGAUGAAUGUAAGGGUAGGUACGGUGCCAGCUUGGCUUCACUUCACUCAAACGAGGAAGACCAUUUUGUACAUUUCAUUCAGAACUUCAAAACUCCUUCACAACGAUCGAUAAAAGCGUUUGCUUCCAUAAACGGUAAGACAAAAUAUAAUAUAUUACUUAAGAAAUAUUAUAACUAUAUUGAUUAUUACAACCAUUUGUUGUGAAUUACAUUACAGAGCUUCGGAUUGACCUAUGUUUUCAUCAGAACGACACCAUCGACAUUAGUCAGAACAUAGUAAGCAUGCCAUAACGACAUAGUAACCUUACAGGUAAUCCUGAAUAACAUAGAGUCAAGCCAAAUAUGUAAAAAAGAAUGUGUUCGCGCUCGUUCUGAUCUGCAUUUUAAUUGUACAUCUGUGCUGUGGUAUCCAUCUGGUAAUGAGUGUCUUCUGAAUGAUGGCAGUACGACAAAACUUUCUAAAUUACCGGAAAACAUCUGGUAUUUCAAGGAUACGUGCAACGACUUGGUAUGUUCCUCAAAUUAUAAAAAAAUACUUUAAAAUUAAAAAACUAUUGUCAACAUUACCAUACUUUAUCAGUAAUUAAUAUAAUUGUAGUAAUUUAGGCCACUAAGACACUAGAAUCUGAAGUUCCUGUAGCUGUGCCGGUUUCUGAAGUUAGAAGUUGUUUUUCUAAAACUAGAUUUGCGACUUUGAAAGGUAUUGCUGGUACUGUAUUUGACCGUAUUACCUUGAACGACUGUCUUGGGGAAUGUUGGAAUUGUAAAAACUGUACAAACGAUGCUUGUCGCACUGCAAUCUACUACGAGUAAGUUUACGAUAAAAAGACUUUAAAUUGGAAAUUUUUUAAAAUUCCCUAGUUGGUUACUAUGGGCCUGAGAAUUAUCGAAUUAUGAGAAAAAUGUAAAAGGUACCAUUAAACCAUUCAUUGUUAGAGAAGAAGCUCAAUGUAUCCUGACAAAUGUAUCUGUAAAAACGACGAAGCAAAGAGUUGUAAAAGAAGAUAUGUCAUCACUAUACGACAGACGAGUCAAGUGCUUGGACAACAACUGUGAAGACCUAGAAGUAUAUCUUGUCUUUGGCAUCGACCCAAAAGUAAUCAAUACCACUGAUACCAAAAACACCAUUAUUGAGGUAUUUACAUCUGUCAGUAAAGUUACAGAGUUCGUCAGGGUUACUCUAGUAUUGCUAUCAUCACCUCCAGUAACUUUGUUCCAAGAGUACCAAUACGAGAACGAAAAUGACUUUGUCUACAGAAUAGAAACGCUCGACAUUCCACAUCACACUCUUGAUUUUGGUGAGUAUUUCAGUAUUAAUAGAGUACUUUUAAUAUUCACAGACAUAAGAAGUAUAAAGAUAUAAAUACUAGUGUAACCUCAUGGUGAUCAAGCUUUGACUUAUAUUGUGCUUUUAGAAAGCGGACUAAUUGAAUUUUUAAAUGAUUUGGACGCCCACUGGACAGCUACAGAUGAUAUUGACAUUACAUGGGCCCUGGUUCUAACGGAUACAUCGUUCGAUUCGCAAUUAGGGUUGUAUUUGGACUUUAAGGUAAAUUUACUUUUUUCAAACGGAUAUAUAAACAUUAAAGAUAUUGUACCCCAGACUCAAAAACUCAUAACCUAAACCAUGGUAAAACAAUAUUUAGGACGAAUUCCAACGUAUUCCCAUCUAUGCCAUAGGAAUCGGUAAUAACUUAGACUUUGAAAAGCUGCAAAUUAUCGCCUCGUCAUCUGACAAUGUCUUCUUCAACAAAGCAACCAUUUCCACGGUACUAGCUCCCACAAUCUGCCAUCAGAAGCCGUUAAGAAGAUUCGCUGCGAAAAAACAACUAAAACAGCAUAUAGACGAUGAAUUAGAUAUUUGGAUUGGAUUACACCAAAAUGAUUACGGUAAAAUGGUGUGGAGUGAUGAUUCAGAACUCGAACAAUACGAAACGGAUAUCUUGAAGCACUUGUUUGUGAAUUAUGAAAAUGGAGUUUGUGUCAAGCGAAAAGGAGUUUCGGUAGGUCAAAAUAUAUUUCUGAACCUUUUUUUUAAUUAUAAACUGUGAUUCAUAGCUAAUAACGCACUUUUAGAAUUGGGGCUUCGAAGAUUGUACCAGAAAGUUCAGAUUCGUGUGCGCAGUAGAACCAAAACAUAAGAUAAACGAAAAACUGACAAAUUUGAAAUUAAAAAAGCUUAAAUCAUAACAUAAUAUAUUAAAAUGUACAACAUUAAUUAUAAUAAACUGAAAGGUAUCUGAACACAUUGUCUAUCUCCUCAUACAGUUUUUGUUUCCCGUAAACAAAAAAUUGUCGAGACACGUUGCAUCGUAUAAAAUGUCUAUAAUAUAAAAAAUAAUUUUCUUCAUUUUGGAGAAUGGAUCUGGAUCAUGAAUUUCCUGUCUACUGUCUUACCUCAUGGUGAUCAGUUUCGCACAAACAGUGAAAAUGAAGUUGGGAAAGGUUUGUUAACUUUAGUAUCUGAAUAUUGGUCUUUAGAAUACGAAAGACAGAACUUAUUAACGAUAACAAAGUUGGUGUUGAACACGUUUCUGGAGAGAUCGAUUAAAGGAAAACGAGUGAUCGAAGCAGAUACUCAGGAGUUGAGUGAUCUUCUUGUUAUGCUGGAGAAGGUCUUGUUCCAUGGCUUGAAGAAGAAUGGUAAGUGAUAUUGUUUUAGAUAUAUUUGUGUUUAGUGAUCAAAAAACAAGAACAAUGUCUAUGGGAUUGCAUUGGGCUAGCAAAGAGUGAGAGAAGAGACUUGGCAGAAUGUAUUUCAUGUAUAAAUGGUUUACAGAGUUUGCAGUAAGUGAUUUACUGUUAAAAUAUAUUGUUUUACUUGCAAGGCUGUCGAAAUUAGAAAUGUCUUAUUUAUUUUAGAACUCCAACCACUAAAAUCCGUGCAUUUUUGCGUUUGUCUUUGAUGCAGAAGAAACUGGCUGACUACUUCCAAGUAUUCACGAGUUGUCAGUCCUACUUGAGUAGAUACGAGCCCUGGGCAUUGAUGAAGAGCGAUGGUGCUGAGACUUUGGCUGGGUCUUUGUUUGGAUUGUCAGUCUUUGAUUGCAAUUUAGUCCUUGACUUCGAACAUUUAAGAGUAGGUUGAAUAUUUGGACACAAUAACGUAAUUAAAAUGGUUUCAUAUACAAAAUGAAAGAAGAGUAUAAUAUUAUUUUUUGUACUGUUGCUGUAUAUUUUCUGUUAUUUUUCAGGAACAACUUAUUGUGUUCGACAUAUCGACUUAUGUUAAAGUUCCAACUAUCGUAACUAUGCCAGAAUAUCAAGCUGUAAAUGAAGAUGAAAAGAUUUUGAAGGCCAUAUUGGAUCAGAAAUGCUUUUUGGAGGAGCACAACCGAAGUCUAAUGUAGGUUGUUGAUCACAUCACUUUACGAAGUGGUAUUAAACUGUGAAAAUAUAUGUUUACUUUCUACAACUUACAUUUUAGAUCGCGGUUGGAAGCCAUGAAGCACAAAAACAACAACGUAAGCUAUUUUUUCGGUUCUCAUUAAGAAUAACUCCCCAGCAGGUGAAUAAUAAUGCCCCAUGGAAAUGAGCUACAAUCAUUCCCCACUUAUUCAAAUUUUAAGAUUUUUUUUUCAAUUUCUCAUUCUUUCAUUUUGUUUGCUGGAUUAUGGUCGGACCGCAAACGUACGAAGGAAUCACUGAUGAAAUUGCCAAAAGUAAAAAAAAACAACCGUUGUGUCCCACUCGGUAUUACUAUCAUGCUCCACCUGUAUUACUAUCAUGCCUCACCUGUGUUACUAUCAUGCCCCACCUGUGUUACUAUAAUGCCCCACCUGUGUUACUAUCAUGCCCCACCUGUUUUACUAUCAUGCCCCACCUGUUUUACUAUCAUGCCCCACCUGUAUUACUAUCAUGCCCCACCUGUGUUACUAUAAUGCCCCACCUGUGUUACUAUCAUGCCCCACCUGUGUUACUAUCAUGCCCCACCUGUUUUACUAUCAUGCCCCACCUGUUUUACUAUCAUGCCCCACCUGUAUUACUAUCAUGCCCCACCUGUAUUACUAUCAUGCCCCACCUGUUUUACUAUCAUGCCCCACCUGUGUUACUAUCAUGCCCCACCUGUUUUACUAUCAUGCCCUACCUGUUUUACUAUCAUGCCCCACCUGUUUUACUAUCAUGCCCCACCUGUGUUACUAUCAUGCCCCACCUGUAUUACUAUCAUGCCCCACCUGUAUUACUAUCAUGCCCCACCUGUGUUACUAUCAUGCCCCACUUGUUUUACUAUCAUGCCCUACCUGUUUUACUAUCAUGCCCCACCUGUUUUACUAUCAUGCCCCACCUGUAUUACUAUCAUGCCAUACCUGUUUUACUAUCAUGCCCCACCUGUUUUACUAUCAUGCCCCACCUGUAUUACUAUCAUGCCCCACACUUAGAAAACCCUUAUUCACUUUCCCAUUGCACUUUGAAAAUGUAUUCAUUAUUCAAAACUUGGUUUACACUUUCAAAGUUUAUGCAAAAAAUCCCUAUAAAAGCAACCGAUUUCCCCAGAAAUCGUCAUUCGAGCCGAGUUCCGAGGUCGUCUGCCGGUUCUCUCUUCAGCCCCUAGUCGCGCGAUGGUCACAACAGCUCCAACACUUGGAUCGUUUCCAACCCUCACCUGAGCCAAUACCUUCUGGACUAGUACAAGUUAAGUUCAACUUAACUUUGUGCGGAAUGAUUUUGCGCUUGGGGGAAUGAUUGUAGCUGGGGUGUACUCGUCAUGUAUCAGUUUAUUGUGAAACCUCAAACUUGGGUUAAUAAACCGAAGAAACAAUUCAAACAAUAAUACAAAAAUGCGUAUAAAUUAUAAUUACAAUUAAAAUACACAAAAAAUAAGAAAUAUAAAUAACAAUCCGUCUUUCUGACGGAUGACCAAACCCAAGAAAUGGCCACAACCGUUUCCCCCAACCUUGAGUGGGAGGGAGCCGACGGCGACUCAUCGCUGCCUUCUCAAGUAUCUCGGGAAGGCAGUGAUUCGUCGUGCCGACGACAGGGGGAAUGAUUGUUCAUCGGCCCCAUUUUUUCUUUUUCAGCUUAACGUAUCAUGGGUUAGAUAUAUGUUUUUUAUAGUUGAUUUAAAUUUAAAUUUUUCAGGAUCAACCUCUCGAUAAAGCGUUGGUAUUCACCGAGAGAUUCAAAGAUCUGGAGGAUAACAUACAUACUUUGAAUACGAAGUUGGCGAAAAAAGAAGAAAUGUUACAAGAAGCCAAUGCUACGGCAAUAAAAAGAUUGGCAGAAGUCAGGAAAUUGGAGAAGAUGGUAGAAGUAUUGGAAAUAAAGUUGAACGAGAUCACUGAAAGGAAUCGAAGAAUGGAAGAUGACAAGAUUGUAAGUUUUUUACUUGUAAAAUCUAAAUAAACUGUUUACUUAUUAUGUCGUACUGGCUUUAUAGCAGCCUGAAUACACGAUUAAUCCAGUAUUGUUUUCUAGAGAUUGGAGUCUGUCCGCUUCGAAAGAGUUGUUGAGUUAGAUCCUCAAAGUGAUGACAUUGUUAAAGCAAUGCUGGACAAGAAGAACGAGGAAUGUGCCGAAUUGUCAUUUGUAUUGAGCGAGAAACAACGAGAACUGACCAAGUUCAUGGACAAGACCGAGCAGCUCGAAUCGAAAUGUUUACGAUUACAAACACAAGCUGAUAGUGCAGUAGCUUUGGAAAAGGUAAACUAUUUUUCGAAACAUUAUUAUCUUUGUAGUGCUAAAUAUUUUUACAUGGUAUUAGUCAUCAACAGCCAAUAUAUAACUACUAUAUUAGUAAGUUUUAGGAACUAAAUGAGCUGAAGAGCAAGUUCGAGACGGUAGAUCAAGAAGCUCGAGAAUCCCAGAAAGCGUUGGAGGAACUCGGUGGUCACUUGUCAGAGUAAGAGAGUACUAGCUUAUAGUGAUUUCCAUUUAGGUCGAAACUGAAAGUGGUGGAGUUGAAAGAAGAACUACUACCACUGUCCGAAGCUCAGUGGGUCAAAGACGACGAAGUUACACAUUGUAGAGGUUGCGAGUUGGCAUUCUCUGUCACUCACAGGAAACACCAUUGUCGGUAUGUAAUCCAGGGUAAUCUAGAAAGUUUUCAUUAGCCGAUAUUGAAAUGAUCGAAGAUCACAUGUGAGAUUUUACAGUAAGAUUACAUCUUUGUGACUUUCCGUUCUCUUAAUCAUAUUGUUUAGAAACUGUGGAUGGAUCUUCUGCAAUGCUUGUAGCGACUGCCGUAUCAAACUUCCGUCCAAUUCGAAGCCUGUACGAGUUUGUGAGAACUGUUACAGUUUAUUGCAAGCACGGCAUAAUACCUUCAAUACCAGCGCAUAA